UGUGGUCGCAUCAGCAUUUAUAAUAGUGCGGUAGCGGAACGAUGUUGGACUUCUUCACCAUUUUUAGCAAGGGAGGCAUCGUACUGUGGUACUUCCAAGGGGUGAGCGAGUCCUUCACUGGCCCUGUCAAUGCGCUCAUUCGCACCUUCAUCCUCCAGGAGCGCAGUGGAAAUGACCCUUUCACUUAUAAUUCUCUGAAUCUGAAGUAUAAGCUAGAUAAUGAGUUUGAGCUUGUGUUUGUGGUGGGAUUCCAGAAAAUACUGACGCUGACUUAUGUUGAUAAGUUUAUAGAUGAUGUACAGCUCCGGUUUCGGGAUCUUUACAAAAAUCAGCUUGAGCAAAAAGGGGCACUGAAACUACUUGACAACUUUGAUUUUAAAGAUGACUUCCUACGGCUUCUACAAAAGGCGGAGCAAAGCAGCAAAGCUCGUGCUCCGACUUCAAUGAAAACCUAUGAAGAGUCAAAGAAGUACCAGAACACUGUUAAAUCUAUGAUUGAAACAAAAGGGUCUGAUACGGGAAGUAAGAAAAGCAAAAAUGGGAAAAAGAAAACAUCAGAAACUGGUGGAGACUCUGCUAAAGCAGUAGCACAAUCCGUAUCAAAUAAGAGCAGUUCUCAUAAGAGUGGAGGAGACGUAAAAGAUGCACUGAGUGCUGAAGAAAUACAAAAAAAUAGAGAAGAAUUCUUUCGUAAGCGUAAUAAAGGAGUUGGAGAGAAACCAAGCAAAUCUCCCAAGCCUGACAAAAAGAAGGGAAAAGAGAAUCGCAUUUGGGAACUGGGUGGUAACAGUACCAAAGAUCUAGAUUACAGCCAGAGUUUAAAUGGAGGACAAAGCCCUGUGGAUCACUCUAAAGAAGAUGUGGCUGAGCUGAGUAAAUUGGUUGGCCGGAUGAGGGGAGAGCUUCGUUCAGUGGACUAUGAGAGCAGUGAAGAUGAAGAAGUAGCUGAGGUACCAGACCAUAGUAAAGCCAGCUCUAAGAAAGGAGGCUUUGGUGGAAUGUUGGGCAUGCUGAAAGGUCUUGUAGGUUCCAAAAGCCUCACAAGAGAAGAUAUGGAAGCAGUCUUGGAGAAAAUGUGCACUCAUCUUAUAGAAAAGAAUGUUGCUGCUGAGAUUGCCAAUCAACUUUGCGAAUCUGUGGCCAAAAAACUAGAAGGAAAAGUUAUGGGUACCUUCACUACUGUGAGUUCGACUGUGAAGCAGGCACUUCAGGAGUCGCUUGUACAGAUUCUACAGCCAAAGCGACGUGUUGACAUCCUACGUGAUGUCUUGGACGCACGUUCACAGCAUAGGCCUUUUGUUAUCACUUUUUGUGGAGUAAAUGGAGUCGGCAAGUCUACAAACCUUGCUAAGAUCUCUUUUUGGCUUAUUGAGAAUGGCUUCAGUGUGCUUAUUGCAGCUUGUGACACCUUCCGUUCAGGCGCUGUGGAGCAGCUACGCAUCCAUCAGCAUCGUCUGAGCUCUCUGUACCCCUCUUCAGAAACAGGGGGCCAGUCCAGAGUCCAGCUGUAUGAGAAAGGAUAUGGAAAGGAUGCUGCUGGUAUCGCCAUGGAAGCCAUUGCAUAUGCCCGGAACCAAAAUUUUGAUGUGGUUUUAGUUGACACUGCUGGCCGUAUGCAAGAUAACGGUCCACUGAUGAAUGCGCUGGCUAAGCUGAUUGCAGUCAACAUGCCCGACUUGGUUCUGUUUGUGGGUGAAGCACUGGUGGGAAAUGAGGCAGUGGAUCAGUUGGUAAAAUUUAAUCAAGCUCUGGCCGACCACUCAAUGUCUGAUAAACCACGUCUGAUUGAUGGCAUUGUCCUCACAAAGUUUGAUGCCAUUGAAGACAAGGUGGGAGCUGCUAUUUCAAUGACAUACAUCACUGGACAGCCCAUAGUAUUUGUUGGAACAGGGCAGACCUACAGUGACCUGCGCAGUCUGAAUGCCAAGGCAGUAGUCAGUGCAUUGAUGAAGGCUUGAAUCACAGCUUUGAAAGGAAGUGCCAUCUUGUAUGGUUUAAAAUAACAUUUAGCUGCAGCACCACACAUUAUUUCAAGCAGAAGCACCUGCCACAGCAGUAGCGUUGCUAUUGUACUAACAGGGGA